AGCGUUGCAUUAGGGUUAUACAGACAGUUGUUGAGCUCCAUAUUCCAGCUAAAUAUUGAUCACAAUUUCUAUUGUAAAGUAAUUUUAACAAAUUUUGAGAAAUAAAUUCAUAGAAAAUCUCGUCUGAGAAGAAGGGAUAAUAUGCCGAUCGAUAUCUAUUCAAUCCGUUAUAGCCCUCCGUGUCGGGCCGUUCUCAUGACAGCUAAGCAUUUGAAUAUUGAUUUAAAUGUUAUUACUGUUAAUUUGAGUGAAGGCCAGAAUCUGAAAGAAGAUUACUUGAAGAUCAACCCAACCCAUCAAAUUCCAGCGAUUAAUGAUAACGGGUUUAUAUUGUGGGAAAGUCGAGCCAUUAUGCAGUAUUUAUGUAACCAGACGUCACCCGACAGUCAACUCUACCCUAAAGACCCUAAACAGAGAGCAAUUGUCGACCGAUGGCUUAAUUAUGAUCUCUCGCUCUUCGGUGUUAUGAAGGAGAAUGUCGCAAUUCCCAAAUUCAUAGGCAUUGAACCCACAGAACAAGCAGUGAAGACAAUUAUUGACACAUUGAAACUCUUGGAUCAAUUGAUUGGAAGCAAUAAAUAUUUGGCUGGAAAUGGAUUAACAAUUGCCGACCUGUCUGUGUUGGCCACCACUUAUACAUUAAUUAUAUUUGGUAUGGAUUUGUCUCCGUAUCCAAACCUAAAUACUUGGAUAACAAAACUGUCGGAAGAGUUGCCGUAUUUCGACGAAUUCAACACAUUUUCAAAGGAAGACGUCGACCACUUUGUCAACAAAAUGAGGGCUUUUGUCCACAAGAAAAUGGGCAAAAAUGGGGAAGUUCCUCCGGCGAGAGCCGUAUUAAUGCUGACCAAAGAGUUAAAACUUGAUAUAAAGGAACAGUUGACUGAUUUGGCUGCCGGACAACAUUAUGAGCCCGAUUUCUUAAACCUGAAUCCAUGUCAUACGGUGCCCACAAUGAAUGACAACGGGUUUAUACUAUGGGAAAGUCGAGCCAUUAUGCAGUAUCUGUGCGAUAAGUACGCGCCCGACAGUCAACUCUACCCGAAAGACCUAAAACAGAGGGCUUUAGUGGACCGUUGGUUAUACACCGACGCCACCGGUUUCCUAUUUAUAAGAGACAUUACGUUUUUCUCUCAAUUGCUUCCAGUUGUGACCAAUUGGACAAAAUUUGCAUUCAAUAAUCACUUACAAGUGUUGAAUAAAAUGAUUGGCGAUAAUCAAUAUUUGGUCGGCGAUCACCUCACUAUUGCAGACCUGUCUGUCUUGGCUUCCCUAACCUUCCUCUUCUACUUUGAUUACGAUUUGACUGAUUAUCCAAAUAUUAAGCGCUGGUAUUCAUCGUUGGCUAAAGAAUUGCCAUAUUUUGAUGAUAUAAAUACAUUCAGUAGUGAAGAGUUGGAUGAUAUUGUCUCCAAAAUGAAGGUCUUAUUUCAAAAAAAUAUUGGUUAA